AUGCCGGGAGUCCUCAACCCAGCCGACCCGGGCCGAGCUCAGUACUUGGUGCUGAGGGUGCUGCUGGCCGUCUUGGCCGUCGCUCUGUCCGGCCGGGGCGCGGUCGGACAACCGUGUCCGACUCAGUGCUCCUGCACCGGGACCACAGUGGACUGUCACGGCCAAGGGCUCCGAAACGUGCCCAGGAAUAUACCCCGCAAUGCUGAAAGACUGGAUCUGAACGCUAACAACCUGACCAAAAUCACCAAAGCAGAUUUUGCUGGACUGAGAAAUCUGCGAGUGUUGCAGUUGAUGGAGAACAAAAUCACAACAAUUGAGAGAGGAGCCUUCCAGGAUCUGAAGGAACUGGAGAGACUGCGCUUGAAUCGGAAUAAUCUGGCUGUGUUCCCUGAGCUGCUCUUCCUGGGCACCACAAAGCUUCACAGACUUGAUCUCAGCGAGAACCAAAUCCAAGGGGUGCCCAGGAAAGCCUUCAGGGGAGCUGUGGAAAUAAAGAAUCUCCAGCUGGACUACAACCAUAUCAGCUGUAUUGAAGAUGGAGCCUUCAGAGCGUUGCGUGAUCUGGAAGUACUCACCCUCAACAACAACAACAUCAGCCGACUGUCAGUGGCCAGUUUCAAUCACAUGCCCAAGCUAAGAACCUUUCGCCUGCACUCCAACAACCUGCAAUGUGACUGCCACGUGGCCUGGCUCUCGGAGUGGCUACGGCAGCGCCCUCGUCUGGGACUUUACACUCAGUGCAUGGCCCCGCCACACUUGAGGGGGCAUAAUGUUGCAGAAGUACAGAAGAAGGAAUUUGUCUGCACAGGUUACCAGUCGUCGUCUUCGUCCUGCAGCGUGUUGCAGUGCCCUGAGUCGUGCACUUGCAGCAACAACAUUGUGGACUGCAGAGGGAAGGGUUUGACAGAAAUACCAACCAAUCUACCAGAGACAAUCACUGAGAUACGACUGGAGCAGAACGCCAUCAAGGUGAUCCCAGCAGGGGCGUUUUCUUCUUAUAAGAAACUACGAAGAAUAGACUUAAGUAACAAUCAGAUUUCAGAGUUGGCUCCCGACGCCUUCCAAGGUCUGCGAUCACUCAACUCUCUAGUUCUGUAUGGCAAUAAAAUAACAGAAAUCUCCAAAGGACUGUUUGAGGGCCUUUUUUCUCUGCAGCUAUUGUUGCUGAAUGCUAAUAAGAUAGCGUGUCUGCGCGUGGAUGCUUUUCAGGACCUCCACAAUCUCAACCUUCUAUCAUUAUAUGACAACAAGCUCCAGACCAUUGCCAAGGGAACCUUCGCGUCACUGAGGGCUAUACAGACGCUUCAUUUAGCCCAAAACCCAUUCAUCUGUGACUGCCACCUGAAGUGGCUGGCGGACUACCUGCAGGACAAUCCUAUCGAGACAAGCGGCGCCCGCUGCACCAGCCCUCGGCGGCUCGCCAACAAACGAAUCGGACAGAUCAAGAGCAAGAAGUUCCGCUGCUCAGGUACGGAGGAUUACCGCAGCAAGCUAGGAGGGGACUGCUUCGCAGACCUGGCCUGCCCUGACAAAUGCCGCUGCGAGGGCACCACUGUGGACUGCUCCAACCAAAAACUCACCAAAAUACCAGACCACAUACCGCAAUAUACUGCCGAACUGCGUCUGAACAACAAUGAAUUUACUGUUCUUGAGGCCACGGGCAUCUUCAAAAAGUUACCCCAGCUCCGGAAGAUUAACCUGAGCAAUAACCGCAUCACUGACAUAGAGGAGGGCACUUUCGAAGGAGCUUCAGGGGUCAACGAGCUUAUUUUGACCUCCAACAGAUUGGAAAAUGUACAUCACCGCAUGCUGAAGGGACUCGGUGGCCUGCGCACACUCAUGCUACGGAGUAAUCGCAUCAGCUGUGUGAGCAACAGUAGCUUCGUUGGAUUGAGCUCAGUGCGACUGCUGUCACUCUACGACAAUCAGAUCACUUCCAUGAACCCUGGCGCCUUUGACACAUUGCACUCUCUUUCCACUCUCAAUCUUCUGGCCAAUCCAUUCAACUGUAACUGUCACUUGGCCUGGCUCGGUGAUUGGCUGAGAAGGAAGCGAAUCGUAACGGGCAACCCUCGGUGCCAGAGUCCUUACUUCCUGAAAGAGAUUCCCAUCCAGGAUGUGGCAGUCCAGGACUUUGCUUGUGAAGAGGGUAAUGAUGACAACAGCUGCUCUCCUGUGCUGAGAUGCCCAGCAGAGUGUUCAUGCCUGGACACGGUGGUGCGCUGUAGCAACAAGGGCCUCACCACUCUCCCCAAAGGCCUGCCUAAAGAAACCACUGAGCUGUAUUUGGAUGGGAACCACUUCACUCAGGUUCCUGUGGAGCUCUCCGAUUACAAACACUUAACACUCAUUGAUUUGAGUAACAACCAGAUCAGCACGUUGUCCAACCACAGCCUCAGUAACAUGUCCGAGCUGCUUACCUUAAUCCUGAGCUACAACCGCCUGCGGUGCAUACCAGUGAGGGCGUUCGAUGGACUCAAGUCUCUGCGUUUGCUGUCUCUCCAUGGAAAUGAUAUUUCACUCAUACCAGAAGGAGCUUUCAAAGACCUGUCUUCACUUUCACACUUGGCUCUGGGCGCUAACCCUCUGCACUGUGACUGCCACAUGCAGUGGUUGUCCGACUGGGUGAAGAGUGGCUACAAGGAGCCCGGUAUUGCCCGCUGCGCUGGGCCUGGUGACAUGACUGACAAACUCCUGCUCACCACGCCAUCCAAGAAGUUCACCUGCACAGGACCAGUAGAUAUCAACAUCCAAGCUAAAUGCGAGCCCUGCCUGUCCAGCCCGUGCAAGAAUGACGGCACAUGCUUUAAUGACCCGGUGCACUUCUACCGUUGCACCUGCCCCUAUGGAUUUAAGGGCCAGAACUGUGAGGAGCCCAUCCAUGCUUGCAUCAGUAACCCGUGCCAAAAUGGAGGCACAUGUCAUCUAAAAGAAGGUGAAGGGAGUAGUUUCUGGUGUGUGUGCCCCGAGGGUUUUGAGGGCGAUUCUUGCGAGUUAAACAUCGACGACUGUGAAGACAACGACUGUGAGAACAACUCUACAUGCGUCGAUGGAAUCAAUAACUACACAUGCAUGUGCUCACCGGAGUACACAGCUGCUACCAAUGAGGUGGAGAGAGGGGAGCUAUGUGAAGAGAAGCUAGAUUUCUGCGCUCCCGAAUUGAACCCAUGUCAGCACGAUUCGAAGUGCAUUCUGACCCCUCAGGGGUACAAGUGUGAGUGCACUCCAGGUUAUGUUGGAGAGCACUGUGAGCUGGACUAUAACGAUUGUGAUGAUAACAAGUGCCAGAAUGGUGGUCAGUGCAUUGAUGCCAUCAAUGGAUACACCUGUGUCUGUCCAGAAGGCUACAGUGGGUUAUUUUGCGACUUGUCCCCGCCAAUGGUCCUUCCUCGCACCAGCCCCUGCGACAACCACGACUGCCUAAACGGGGCGCAGUGUGUCGUCAUGGGAACCGACCCCCGCUGCCAAUGUCUUCAGGGCUACGAGGGGGAGCGCUGCGAGACUCUCGUCAGUGUCAACUUUGUUGACCGCAAGUCAUACCUGCAGCUUCCCUCUAACCCGAUCUCACCACAGACCAACAUUAGCUUGCAGAUUGCGACAGAUGAGGACAGCGGAGUGUUGUUAUAUAAAGGUGAUAAUGAUCACAUUGCUAUGGAGCUUUACCGGGGACGCCUACGGGUCAGCUAUGAUACUGGAUCUUACCCUCCUUCUGCCAUCUACAGUGUGGAGACAGUGAAUGACGGCAGUUUCCACGCGGUUGAGUUGGUAGCAUCAGACCAGACUUUGUCACUGUCCAUUGAUGGCGGGGCACCUAAAUCCAUCAACUCCAUGAGCAAUCUGUCAACACUUAACAUCGACUCCCCACUUUACCUUGGAGGUAUGCCAGAGCGUACAUCUGCCUCCGGGGGUCUGUCAGCCCUGCAGCACAGCUCAAGUGGCCGAAAUGGCACCAGUUUUCAUGGCUGUCUCCGUAACCUCUACAUCAACGGGAAGCUCCAGAAUCUCGGCGCGGGCCUUGGCUUGGGAGCCACGGAUGCCAAGACCGCGCAGAGCACUACUCGACAGUGGCUAGGUCAAGGAGUGGAGCCUGGUUGCCAACCCUGCCAGAGAGGUGCCUGCGUCCAGGGGGACUGCCAUCCGACAGGGCAUCGUGGCUUUUCCUGCACCUGUCAUCCGGGUUGGACAGGACCACUGUGCGACCAGCAAGUUAACAACCCAUGUGAUGGCAACAAGUGUAUUCAUGGUACCUGCCUUGCCAUCAACUCCUACUCUUACUCAUGUCGCUGCCAGCCCGGAUUCAGCGGUGUCCUCUGUGAUGAGCAAGAUCAGGAAGCGACUAAUCCCUGCAGCCUGUCUCGCUGUAAACAUGGAAAAUGUAGAGUAUCCGGACUGGGCAAAGCAUACUGCGAGUGUAACAGUGGAUACACCGGAGAGGCGUGCGAUAAAGAGGUGGCCUGCAGAGGAGAACGGGUCCGAGAUGUCUACCAGAGACAGCAAGGCUACGCGGCGUGCCAAACCCAGGAGAAGGUCUCCCGUUUAGAGUGCAGGGGCAGCUGCCCGGGGGGAGCAGAAGGACAAGGGACCUGCUGCACCCCCCUCCGCAGCAAACGCAGGAAAUACACCUUCCAGUGCACUGACGGCUCCUCUUUUGUUCAGGAAGUGGAGAAAAUUGUUAAGUGUGGCUGUACAAAUUGUUCCACAUGA